AUGGGAGCAACCUUUUUUCACCACUCCAUUCUCGAGGUUUGGCUGCUGAAACACUUCGACAAGUCAACGGACAUGAGAUAUGACGGUACCCAGGACCCCCAGGAACACCUAACAACCUUUGAGGCCAGAAUGAACCUGGAAGGUGUGGGCGACGAGGUGAGGUGUCGCGCUUUUCCCGUAACCCUGGCGGGACUAGCAAUCCGAUGGUUCAAUGCGCUCCCCCAAGGGUCCGUGACGACCUUCGCAUACAUCGCUCAGAGCUUUCUAGCACAAUUUACCACGCGCAUUGCUAAGGUCAAGCACCCGAUCAACCUCCUAGGGGUGACCCAAAGAAACAGGGAACCGACCAGGAAGUAUCUUGACAGGUUUAACAAUGAAUGCUUGGAGAUUGAUGGCCUGACUGACUCGGUGGCUAGUCUGUGUCUGACGAACGGGUUGUCAAAUGAAGGCUUUAGAAAGCACCUCACCACCAAGCCUGUGUGGACCAUGCAAGAAAUCCAGAACGUGGCAAGAGAAUAUAUCAACGAUGAAGAGGUAAACUGGGUGGUGGCGGCCAACAAAUGGCAGCUUGCCAACCCUCCUCCCCAUCAACCCAGAAACGGGGAAAGGCCCAAGGAACACUCCAAGGACGGAGGACCUACUAAAUUCAAGCCUUCUCCCCGGGUAAGAAGGUUCACAAACUAUACCCAUCUGCUCGAUCGUUGA